AUGAUAGUAGACAAGGCUAUAGAUGGAAAGGUAGAAGGCAUCCACGACUGUGCCCACACUGCAUCUGGUUUCUCUUACUGGGCUGUUAAGUUUGGAACUUCGGGUCCUGUGAAGUCAGUCAAAAUGAAGUUACGGACAGACUACUGUUUUGAAAUACAGACAAAUUACACUGUGACUGUUGCUAACAGUCGUGAUGAUGUCAUAAAUGAUGCAGGAACAAAAUGUGGGUCAUACUUUGGUCCUGCUAUAGACAAGGAACCUUUUAGCAUAACAAUCGAUUGUACAAAUACAAUCUUCGGAAAGUUUCUAAAAAUCAAGCAUGAAUCUACAGAAAUGAUGACGUUAUGUGAGGUCUACGUUUAUUCACCUUAA